AUGGAGGGAUUGAAUAUGAAAGAAUCCCUCAAUUGUGCAGGGUGCUUAAAUGACAUUGGCGAAGAUGACUAUGUAUCGGCGUCGGGACAAGACUGGCACAAGGAAUGUUUCCGGUGCUCGGUAUGCGACGCGCCACUCUCCACGUGGUAUUUCGAGAAGGGUGGCUUGCUGUUUUGCCGCAACGACUAUUGGGCGCGAUACGGCGAUAACUGUCAACAGUGUACCCAGGUGAUAACGGGCCCGGUGAUGGCCGCUGGCGAGCACCGAUUCCACCCGGAGUGCUUCGCGUGCACCGCCUGCGGCGCCCACGUCGAGGACGGCGAGCCUUACGCGCUUCUGGAACGUUCCAAGCUGUACUGCGGCGCGUGUUGCGGUGGGGCGAUGCGGUCCACGCGAGGAGCGCACGCGAUCCGCGUGCUGCGCGUGCCGGCGCGGGCGCUUCGACUCGCGCCCGCCUCCGCCUCCGCGCCCGCUCCCGCCUCCGCGUCCGCUACCGCCGCCGCCGCGGCCCUCACACUCGCGCACGGCCGCUGUGCAAGCAAACUAUCGGCGCUGGCGCGAGCUCUGCUCCGAGCGGCGGUCUCCGUCUGCAUACAGCUCACCUGCCAUAGAAUCGACUCGAGCUGCGGCAUGCUCACCCUGCACAUCGGCGACAAGGUGCUGGAGAUAAACGGGUCGCCGGUUCGGGGCAGGCCGCCCGAAUUCGAACCCGACGCUAUAGUGCAGUUGACGAUAGAACACAACCCGGACACGUUGAAUCUGAAGAGGGGGCCCGCGCCGCAGCACAGCGAUGUAGACAGCAGAACCAAGCACGAAGGCAAAUCGCCAAUAGAGAGGAAGAUCCACAAAGACGACCCGAAGAAGCACAUUCCUAGCAGACAUUCCAAUGACGGGGACCAACCGGUGGACAGAGAAGAGGAGGUUGUGAGAAAAGAGAGACUAUUCAAGAGGAAGGGAGAAGACGGGGGCAAGAGAGUGAUCAAGAGGCGGCAGACUCCUUCUUCGCCGCUUCUAGGGGACAAGGAGAGGAGUAGCAGUAUGUCGAAACUGCUUGAUGUGACGGAGGGCGAGGGGGGCGUGCUGUGCGACUUGAGCAGGGCGCGCUCUUUCCGCGCGGAGCCCGCCCAGGGUCAGAAGGUGUUCCGCGCCUCGGACCUUCUGCAGGGCGAACUGCUGGGGGCGGGGUUCUUCGGGCAGGUGUACAAGGUGACCCACCGGGACACGAACGAGGUCAUGGUGCUCAAACAACUCUACAGGGUAGACGAAGACGCCCAGAGGAACUUCCUCAAAGAGGUUGCGGUUCUGAGGUCCCUGCAGCAUCCGAACGUGCUGCGUUUCAUCGGCGUACUCUACAAGGACAAGCGUCUACAUCUCGUUACUGAGUACGUCGCGGGCGGCACUUUGCAUCAACUGCUGCAGGACAGGGAUAUCCUUUUUUUAACGGGUGCGUGCGAGAGGGACACCGCUGACGCCUUGUGUGCAGCACAGUUCACGGCCGCUGGGGGGCCAGUAGGUACUUAUAUCGCGCAUACGCCCUGUCUCUAUCCGUCCUUGUCUUGUCGUAUGCGUGCGAGGGGGACACCGCUAACGGCCCGUGUGCAGGACAGCUCGCGGCCGCUGGGGGGCCUG